AAUGGCGGCCACUGUGCGCCUUCUCAGCGUCCGAGCUCUCGACCGCCAUCUUAGUCAUUUCAAUCCUCACUGUUCUGUCUCACUCCCUCUCCGAAACCCGAAACCUAGAUCGAUUAACUAUACCUCCGCAGCUGGGUUCCGAUCUGCAGCCGUCAGCUCCAGCCACGGCGUCGGCCGUUGGCCGGUGCCCUUUCUCGAACAGUCGCCGCUAUUUCUCUCAAUCUCCUGCUCGGAUCCACUGAAGGAUUGCGUCGAUGGUCCCGUACUGGAGCCAGGGAAGGGGUUUCACCACUGGGAUCCAGUGAGCGAGCUCGCCGUACGGCAAGGCAGCGGGGAGAAGGGGGCAAUAUGGACGGUGGUGCUGUUAGGAUGGCUGGGUGCGGAGGAGAAGCAUUUGAAGAGGUAUGCGGAUAUCUAUAACGCGAGGGGGAUUCGAUCUGUUCGGUUUGUGGUGCCGCUUUGGGAGAUGGUGGGGUUGGAUUUUGGGCGGAGGAUGGAGGCGAAGGUGGCGAGGUUUGCAUUGGAGCUGGCGAAUUGGUGCUUGGAGAGUGAGAAAGAUGGGAGGGAGCGAUAUUUGCUCUUCCACACCUUCAGCAAUACUGGUUGGCUAGUUUAUGGUUCAAUACUGCAGAAUUUGCAGUCAAGGAAUGACGUUAUUGAAAAAAUUAAAGGAUGUGUGAUUGAUUCUGGACCUGCCCCUGAAAUAAGCCCCAAGGUCUGGGCUGCGGGCUUCUGUGCCGCCCUGAUAAAGAAGCGCAGCUCUGCUAUCGUCGCCUCCCUUGAACGUAUCAAUGGAGACAGUGCUGAAGUUAGUAGUGACAGAUCUAGCAAGCGGGAUUGGAAAUCACGAGCUCUUGAAAUCAUUGUGAUGUUCAUCUUAGAGAAAAUCUUCAGCAUUAUCCUGAUUUUACCAGAUAUUAAUCGGAGGUUGGGCAUGGUUAUAUCCAUUCUAUCAAAGAAACAGCCUCCCUGCCCUCAGCUGUACCUCUACAGCUCUUCUGAUAAAGUGAUUCCAGCUACUUCAGUUGAAACUUUCUUCCAAGAACAAAAGGCUAUGGGAAGAAAUGUUCAGUAUUAUAAUUUUGGUACUUCUCCUCAUGUUGACCAUUUUAGAAGUUUUCCUCAGAUAUAUACUGCAAAAAUUUCUGAAUUUUUAGAGGAGUGCUGUUAUGAAAUGAUUUGCAGAGCUUAAUCAUCAUCAAGAUGUAGAAUUUAUGAAAAUUUGUUGUGAUUCACUCAGGCUAUUAUUGAGCUUUAUGUUAAAGAUGUUAGUUGGCUUAUGUCGAGCUUGUUAACGAAUA